CUUUUGUGGCCGCGUUGUGGGUGAUUUGGCGGAAGGAAGGGGCUUCGGAGAGGUUCGAAGACAGCACCAUGUACGACAGCCUUCUGGUGACCCGCCCCGAAAGCCAUGUGUUUGUCAGCGCCCUGCCGAAGGGUCACGUCAGCACUUCCCAGCUCUGGACUAGCUGCUGGAAAGGGAUCCACCCCGGCUGGCUCUUCGCCUCUCGGUUCGUCUCGUUUCUGGCUUUGGCUGGGUUCUUGGCUUGGGAUCUUGUCGAAUGGAAUCCUUCCAUUUUCAUUUACUACACCGAGUGGACGUUUACACUGGUUAUGAUCUAUUUUGCGCUGGGAACUCUAGUGUCUGGGUACGGUUGUUGGUUAUCCUUAAACAAGCCCUCCACUGGAAAUGUGACAAGGACGGAAGCUUUGAGAAGUGAAGUGGAAGAGACUAAUGGAACUGUGAAUACCUAUGGGCAAAACGCAAAUAACGGUACCAUCAAAUUGCAAAGCCAGUAUGCUCUAGAGGAAAUUCAGAAACGAACAGGAUAUUGGGGUUAUCUUAUGCAAAUUGCAUUCCAGACUUGUGCAGGUGCUAUUGUCCUUACAGAUAUAGUCUUUUGGUGUGUCAUCGUUCCAUUUUUAUCAAAUGCUCACCUUGGCCUCAAUACGUUGAUGUGUUGCAUGCAUACGCUAAAUGCAGCAUUCCUUCUUCUGGAUACCACUCUUAACAGCCUUCCGUUUCCAUGGUUCCGCAUUUCUUAUUUUGUCCUCUGGAGCUGCAUCUACAUUGCCUUCCAGUGGAUCAUUCAUGCAUUAGGUUUCCCAUGGUGGCCGUAUCCAUUCCUUGAGCUCGAUACGCCAUGGGCUCCAUUAUGGUAUUUUUGUGGGGCCGCGGUUCACAUCCCUUGCUAUGGGAUUUUUGCACUGAUUAUGAAGGCAAAGUAUUCACUUCUGCCCAAAUGGUUUCCCCACGCUUUUGCGACGCCAUACUAGUAGAGAUUAGCUGCUAUUCCUCCUUAUGGGGGAACGGGCAGUGGGCUUCGACAGAGUGUAAGUCCUCUUCCGCCUCCAGAAAGGGCGUAUGUUCUGUGUCCUACAUCGUCUUUCUCGGAACUUUGGAAGAGUAAAUUUCGCCUAAUCUAGUGUUUUAUUUAAAAGAGAAACAUACAGUUGGAACUUGGGAGUGGUUUAUCAUCUUCAUGGUUUUUCUUGUGUAUAUAGACUGUUAUUGUUUAGUAGUUGCAACUUGGAUCAAUCACAGUGAAGCUUCUUCCUGUUAUUCUCUCACACUGAAGGUGAAGCUUACACCCAAUACUUUUGCUGUUUAAAUUAAAGGAGAAAUUAGGCUCCGGUCCUUAAUUAUUGA